AAAAACAUUUCCAUUGUGUUGAAACAAAUUUUCAAUUUUGUUUAAAAAGAUAAAAACAAAUUGUUAUUUAUUAACUACCAAAAUAAAACAAUUCAAUAAAAACAACACGAAAAAAAAUAAAAGCAAAAUAAGAAGAGAAAAUUAAAAGACGUAAAAAGAUUUGACCCACUAAAAUCACGAUAAUGGCCUCGUCUGAAUUGGAGCCUAUAAUAGCCGUGGAAAAGGAAUUGGAUCGUGUUAUUAGUAAAUUUACCGAAAUACAAGACAAUGCAGCUGCAGAAAUCAAUGAUGUGGCUGCUUUACUGGAGGAACUAAUGCAGGUGUUGGGCAAGGCAGAACAGGAAAUGACGGGUACCAUUAAUACCGGUACCCAAGUGGAUACCGAUGAUCCCAUGGCCGAUGAAGCUGAUAUGCAAGUUGAAAUGGAACCUUCGCCUCCUCGUUUGACGGACAGUCAAAUAGCAAUUAUUACCGAGGCCUUGCAAAAGACCAAUGAAAAGCUGCAACGUUUGUCCAGUGAACAUCGUGAUUUACAUGGUGCCGUUUCUAAGGUGGGCAAAGUUAUAGACCGUAACUUUGUUUCUGACUUUACAGCCACCACACGUACUGAUGCUCUGCAGGAUGAGGAAAAUAUGAUGCUAUUAAAUAAAGUAAUAGCUAAACAUUACUGCCGUCAGGGCAUGGAUGAUGUUGCUCAACUCUUGAUUAAGGAAUCAAAAAUGCCUGCCGAAAUGGCUCAAGAGGUUUUUGAUUCCGAGCGUAGUUUUGCGGAAAUCUAUCGCAUUUGGAAAGCCAUACAACAGCGUGAUCUUAAACCGGCCUUAGAAUGGACUUCCCGAUAUUCUAAUGAAUUGCUGGCAAAGAAUUCUUCGUUGGAAUUUAAAUUACAUCGUUUAGCAUUUUUGCAAAUCAUUUCGAAAGGAAUUUCAGCUCAGGCUGAGGCUAUUGCUUAUGCUCGUAAUAAUUUCCAUAAAUUUAUUGGCACCUUCGACCAUGAAAUACCCAAUCUAAUGGGUUGUUUCAUUUAUUUACCUUCGGGCAUUGAAAAUUCUCCUUAUAAAAAUCUUAUAUCAAAUGAGACUUGGACUGAGGCAUCGUAUGUAUUUCUCAAGGAUGCUUGUCAUACGUUGGGUAUUAGUAAGAAUUCAGCUUUGUCGGUGGUUAUAAAUGCUGGAUGUACUGCUUUGCCGGCAUUAUUGAAUAUAAAACAGGUCAUGCAAUCCCGUCAAGUCUUAAACAUUUGGAGUGGCCGUGAUGAAUUGCCCAUAGAAAUUGAUUUAGAUCCAGAAUAUCGUUAUCACUCCAUAUUUGCCUGCCCCAUUUUAAGGCAACAGUCUACAGAAGACAAUCCACCCAAAAAACUGGCCUGUGGUCAUGUGAUUUCCAAUGAUGCUCUUCACAAACUAAGCAAUGGUCAUAUAUUAAAAUGUCCCUAUUGCCCCGUAGAGCAGACAGCCGACGAGGCUGUAAGGAUUUAUUUUUAAAA